CAGCGGGAAGGGCGAGCUCGCGGGCGCUGUUGGGCUUCUCUGAGGGGUUGAUUUUAGGGCUGGGGUUGGGCUCGGGUUGGGUUCCGGCUGGGGCCGGAGGGAAAGGCGGGAGCCAGGGCGCCGGGGACUGCGGACGACGUGUGUGUGAAAGGGCGCGUCAGACAUAAGAAGCCAUACGCGUGCGAGCCGGUCCCCACUGUCCCCGCGGCGUUGUCACCAUCAUCAUGAGGCCACUGGAGCAGCCUCAGGCGCUGCUGACGGGGAUCCGGGCGCGGGGUGCGUCGGGCUCUGCAGGUUGGCACUCACACCCAGCGCGCAGGAUGGCAGGCAACUGCGUCCUGAAUCCUGCCCGCGGCUACCCGACACCUCGCCUGAAUAGCACAUUUGAAACCUGCAAGAAAGAAGUGUGCCUCCCCCGUCAUUCGAUGCACCCUGGCCCCUGGGCCAUCUGCUGUGAGUGCCAGACCAGAUUCAGGGGCUGCCUGCCUGUGUCCAGGGUGGAAGCAGCACUGCCUUACUGGGUCCCUCUGUCCCUGAGAUCCUGAAAGCAGCACCCCCGUUGGAUGCAUGCUCCUGGCACAACUGCCGGUGGAUCUGCGGUGAUGAGUGCCUGCUGCCCAAGUGCCAGCAGCUCCAGGCCCCCUACCAGGACCAGCUACCAGCUCCCCCAGCGUGUCUGCUGCCCCUUGGCCUCCUGACCCUCCUCCAGGCCAUCCCGAGGGUCAUCAUGGUCAUUCGCCAGUUUUUUGGGGUUUGAAGUUGGAAUCUUCAGCUACUGUCAAUAACAACCACAAAAAUGUGUCACGAUCAAGAUCUUUAACAAGAGUCCUCCAAUCAGGAGGCGUCUGUGACAGUCGCUGUCUUCUCAUAGAACAGAAUCCACACCCAGGAUUCAACCCAGAUUAUUUCUCAUCAGGUGAUUCUUGGUUGCAGUGAAGUUCAUGUGCAUGUGGGUGAGAUUCUGUUAUGAAUGUGGUCAAUAAAUGUUAUUUGUGAAACUCU